AUGGAGUCGGAUCGCACGACGGAUCCUUGGGCGCAGCUUCUGAACAAAGCCUUCGACCAGGUACAGAGGCACGAAACACUCCUGUGUGACAUUGGUGCCUCGCUUCUCCUUUUGCUACUGAUCUUGUGGAGCUUUUUCCGACGGCCACGCACCACUGGUGCCUUCGUGGUCGCCUGGCUCUGUUGGUUUGCAUGGCAGUUGGAACGUGGGCAAUCUGCAUGGCACCAAGUUGUUCAGCAUGCACAAAUUGCUGCUACGAAGACAACAGACGCGAUUCGAGCGGUUAUUGAGAUGCUCGCAGCAUGGUUGGCCUUCUUCGUCCCUGCCCUUCACGACCUGUGGAAUGUGCUAUGCCCUCUGCUUUUGGAUUUCUAUUCGUCCUCACUCUGGCUUUGGCGCUCAUUGUCUUGGGAGGAGAAGGGUGUCCUUGCUCUUUGUGCCAUGGGCCUGGGCGGGGCUGUCUAUGUGAUUCUACGCAUUUGGAGAGCAAGAGUCUGGCUCCAAGAGAGCUCGGUGGCCUGCUUGCGAUCUUUGCAGCAAGCGCUCUUUCAUCUGUCCUUUGUGGUGGUGGGCCCGGUCAUCUGGGAAUUGGCUCGCCUAUGCCCUCAGCAAGUGCCCCAGGUGAUCUACAUCGUGGUGGCCACGCUGUGGCCGUUGUUUGCAACUGCUCGGGGACUGGUGCGCCACCAUCGUGAAAAAGAAGAGAAAGCCCAAAUGGAGGAAGAGGAGGCGCAAAAGUCCAGGAAGUGGUGGUCCUUCAGACUAUACCUUCCAAGUCUGAAGGAAGGCUUUCGGAUGUCUGCUGAAUUGGAGGAGGAGUUCUGCUUCUGGUUAUCCUACUGGUCCUGUUGGCCGCUGAUGAUGCUGCUGCGGUGGAGUUUGGUGAGCUUGGACACCUCAGGGUCAGGAUCGGCUGGCCUUCUCAUUGCUGUGUCCUUGUGGCUCCAGUACUGGAAGGGCUGCUUCCUGGCACCGUAUGCAUUUACCAUCCUCACUCAGCUCUUUAGCCAUUGCAUCGAGUACGCCACGAGUGUAUUUGAUGCCUUUCGGCAAGUUGCAGUGAGUGCAUUGCAGCGCUUGCCAUGGCAUAGCUAUGUUGCCAAUAUGUUCCAAGGCGACACUGUGGUACUUGUUGUUGUUGCUGUUUUUGUAGUUCUUAUUUGCCUGGAAGUUGCAUCGGUGGUAAGUGUGCUGCUCACCGUGGUUCUUCUCUUCAGCAUUGCAACAGAAUCUGCGAGAUGUGUUGCCAAUGAAAAUCAGCAGCUCUACGCAGAUCGCUUGGCCUUCUGGGUCCUUGUGAAUUGCUGGCUUUGGUGUUUACGUCUCCCUGCCCUGGGUCGCAUUUUGGGCAUUUGGUCCCCCUUAGCCUUCGGGGCUGCCUUCUUUGGAGGUGAAGCGGCCUUCUUCACCGUCUACUUCGCGCUUCUGCGUGGCAUCACUGUGGUCCUCGCUUGCUUGAGCAGCUUCCUCAAGUCACAGGAAGUGGAAGAGCCUCGCGCGGCACUGCAAGAGCCUCUACUCGAACAGAAAGACCUUGAGGCCAACCAUCCUGACCCUCCUGACCCAACUCAUCCAGAGGUUCUAGAAGUUCUUUCAGGUGAGGAGACGGUCUCAGUGGGUGAGGAGACAGGGCAGAUCUCGGCUGUUCAAGGAGGGGAUGAAGAUCAGCUUGCAGUCCAAGGUGGUGAAGUUCUUGAAGGGAGCCAUGAGGCUCUUCAGGAGAAGACAGACUCUGGCGAUCAAGUCGAUGAUGGUCAUGAUGAAGAGAGUGAGGACAUCAGAUCCGAAGUUCAGAGGGAUCCUUCAAAUGUGCAGAACCAGCAGAUCCAGCCGAUCGGUUUCUCAGCACCACCAGAGUCUCAGCACGAAGCUGAUCACCCAGAUCUUCCGGAAGCACCGCAAGAACCCUCGGGAUCCAUGGAGCCAAGUCCAACCCCUAGGCCUUCCGAGCCCCACGCCGAGCGGGUCGCCGAGGACGCCGAGGACGCGCUGGACGCCGAGGACGCGCUGACCGGUGACGGUGACGUGCUCGCCGGCGACGCCCAAAGCAUCGGUGGGGCGGUGGGUAUCGAGAAGGAGCACUUCGUUGAGAGCAUUGGACCGGAGGAAGAGGCGCUGCAGGCACUCUCGGCCGCCUCGGCUGCAGGCGCUGCACAGGGUGGCGACGCGUGGAGGAUCGUGGAGCAGGUGUGUUCGACAGAGCAGCAGUGCCAAGAAGAGGAUGGAGAGGAUGGAGUGUCCAGCAAGAACCAUGAAUCAGGGCAGGAGCCAACUGGGCAGGACACCUCCGGUGAGACUGAGGAAACUGUGGACAUGCACCAGGACACAGUCUCAGCUGCUCCACAGGUUGACGAUGCGGAAAAGGCCAGUGGGGAGUGA